GAUAACAGAGUUGACAAAACAAUAAAGGAGCUCCAUAACUCCCAUUGCCAUUCGCUUGUUAUUACACAACCAAAUAAAGUAAACUCUCUCGUCUUUCAUUUCUUCACCUCCAGAUUUUCAGUCAGACAUUUUAAAGAUCUUCUUCUCUCAGUAUAUAACUGUUUCCAGGUUGGAUCCCCCAUCGCGUUGUUUUGCUAAGUGACGAUGGGUGGUGCAGUAGCAAAGGAGAACUUACCCAAGGCAUUAAUACCCGAGACACAGCUUGAGGCUAAAAUAGUUGAGGCAAUGCAGUACAGAGAAUCUGAAGGAACUUCCCUGAAAUCAUUUAACAGCAUCGUCUUGAAAUUCCCAAAAAUUGAUAGCAGCUUACAGAAAUGCAAAGCUACUUUUCAACAAUUCGAUGAGGAUGCAAAUGGUGUAAUUGAUCGAGAAGAACUGAAGCAUUGUUUCCGUGAGUUGGGAAUUAAAUUUACUGAAGAGGAAGCUACAGACUUAUUUGAAGCGUGUGAUAUUGCUCAUGACACGGGCAUGAAAUUUAGUGAAUUUAUUGUGCUUCUUUGCCUUGUCUAUCUUUUAAAGCAGCGUUCAACUGACCCUCACGCAAAAUCCCGGACAGGAUUACCAGAUCUGGAGGCGACGUUUGAAACAUUAGUUGAAGCAUUUGUGUUCUUGGACAAGAACCGAGAUGGCCAUGUCAGUAGGAAAGAGAUGGUUGAAGCAAUUAAUGAACCAACACCUGGAGGACAUUCUUCUGGGUGCAUAGCCAUGAAAAGAUUUGAAGAGAUGGAUUGGGAUAAAAAUGGAAUGGUGAACUUUAAAGAAUUCCUCUUUGCUUUUACUCGGUGGGUUGGACUAGACGAGGAGGAGGAGGAUGAGGAUGAGGAUGACGAUGAAGGAGAGAAGAAUUGAAUCAAAAAUAUAGGACGUCCAGAGAUCUGGGAUUGCAGAAGCAGCAGAACUUUCUACUGGAGCAACGAAAUGAAUCAGCUUCUCAUGGUUUUCCAAUAAAUGCAAUAUUACCGGACCUUGUUCUAUUGAAUCCCACCCUAUGCUCCCCAGCACUUGCUAAUAUUUGUCUGAGGUUGGCUUGUAUAUAUGAUGGUUGAAUUGUAACUUUAUGGCCCAUGUAGUAGGUUGGUAUUUCUUCUACUAGCAAUGUAUUUUUUGUCACACCAAGCCCCAGAUACAGAGGUGGGAGAGUGCAACUGUGCAAGUGAAUCCAGAAAUCUCUUCUUCAAGUUGGUGCUCUGGUUUUUCUACAAGUAAUCAAGAAAAGGACGCGGACAAUUGAACAUUUUUCUUUCUUUCUUUUUUUUUUUCCUGAUAAUUUAGAUAUACUGCUGGUACUUUGUAUGAUUUCUCAAACACUAUUUCGGCAUCAUAAUUAUCGAGUAUAACACCUUUUCUUUUGUUGAA